GCGGAAUUCGGGCCCGCCAAACCCGGCGCGGGGUGGCCGGGCGGGCGGCACGUGAGAGACGCCGCGGUGAGAGCGUGCUAGAGGGUGACGCUGUGCGUGUAAGAGGGACCGCGAGCGUGAGGGUGGCUCCAGGAGUGUGGGGAACCCUGAGUGUAAGACUGAGCAUGUCAGAUUGUGUCUGUGUGAGUGUGUGUGUGUGAGCGACCCCCCUGAGUCUGAGGGUGACUGUGAGUGUGCAAGAAAGACCCUGAGUGAGAAGAUGACGCCGAGAGUGUGUGAGAUGAUGUUGACAGUACGGGAGAGACUUUGGUGUGAAGGAGACUCGGUGUGCGUGAGGCACACCCCCCCCCCCAGACUAGCGGGAGGCUGUGUGUGUGAAACCCAGAGCCUGGGGGUGAUUCUCUGAGCGUGUGAGGGUGGUUCCAGGAGUGUGCGAGAGACUGAGAGGGAGACUCUGGCGACAGAGGCCCCGAGUGUGACGCUGUGUAAGAGACUGAGAGGUGCUCCAGGGUGAGCGUGACGGGAAGAAAGCGAGCCUGUGCUGUGAGAAAGUCUGCAAGAGAGAAAGACGGCGUGCAAGACUCUGAGGAUGUCCUGCAGGAUCAGAGCUUGGGAUGCUGCGAGAUUGUCUAGGGCGGGGGCUUGCAGGGCUAGGGAACCGCGUGCUGCUGCCAUGAAGGCUCCUCCUCCCGUCUCAUGUCCUGUCAUCUUGUUUGAUCAUCUCACGUUGUAAAUGGAAAGAGAUAUUUGUAAAACAUUCUGAGAAUUCUUCACUAAGCGCUAGGCAAACAGUGUGGGUACCACGUUGUGUAAUGGUCGGUAUAAAUAGGAAUCAAUAUUUAACAGACUUGAGCACCUCUUGUGUGCACUGGGCUGUGGGGCUUGGUGACACGGUUCAAAAGAAUUCAGUCUCUGCCCUUGAUGGGGGAAAAAAAGCACUGCCAGCGAAUCUAGCAUCGUGUUAGCAGAAUGCUCAGCCAUCUGGUGCUUCUCUGAGAGCUGCUCCCUGAUUUGAAGAUCUGGGGGCAGCAGACUUUUGAAAGUCUGAGUGCUUCCUGAGCUCAUUUUCGUCUCUCUUCGCUUGCUGUGAAGCCCUUAGGAGGAAGCUGCCCAGGCUGCCUACUUUGCUAAGGUGCCGUUGUGCGCUCACGGCUUUUGCUUCCCAACUUUGGUCUCAGACUGUCAUUUGAGUUCUUAUAUUUGAUUUCCCUCUCCUGACAAGUAUGUGGAAAACCACAAACCCAGUUUUUCCCUGUCUUUCUUCUUCUCUCUCUGGCUGCGGACAUAUUUUUAUUGCAGACCAGAAGUAAAUACCAGUUAUGUGACUUAUCUCCUUGGCACUUCUUGGUACAGGAAAUUUCCUGACCUCUGUCUUGUGCGCUUCCUGCUGUAGCCUCCAGGAUGUGGAUACGUUUCUACAAAAGUGACGCAAACAGUGCUCACAGGACCUGGGACUCCGGGAGCAGCAGCAGUCUAGAUAUGCAUGAUUUGAGAUGACCGAGCUACUUCUCUGACACAUGUGUGGGCUGGUGGCUUCAGUUACACUCCACUGUGAGUGUGAUGGAACUUCUCAGUUGAGAAUGCUGUCCCUGCCAGGCAUAUAAAACAUAAAUUUUACAAAGGGAGAUAUCCAGCUGCUUAUUAGGCUCGUUUUUUGAUAAGCUGCCUCUUACUCUUUGUUGCAGAGGUUAAGUGGCCAAGACAGACAGGUGGAAUUAGGCCUUGAUGUGGAGGCUUCAUUUUCUUCUCACAUCCUGACCCUUCAUAAUGAGGCAGCUUAUGGAAGUGUGAUGUUUGUUCAUUUCCUCACAGGUCACAGGAAACACAAGUGUGAAGGAGACAUUUGCCAUGGAAGCCAGGGAGCUGGAGAGCCCCACGCCAACCUACCAUCUCAUUCCUGAGGCCAGCCAGCCCAGAGAGAAAGAUGUCAGCAUGCAACCUCAACAGACCAUGGAAACUAUGCAGCUAAAAAAGGAGAUCUCUCUGUUGAAUGGGGUCAGCCUGGUGGUGGGCAACAUGAUUGGCUCAGGAAUCUUUGUCUCACCCAAAGGCGUGCUGGUAUACACUGCCUCCUAUGGGUUGUCACUAGUCAUAUGGGCCAUUGGUGGGCUUUUCUCAGUUGUUGGUGCCCUUUGCUAUGCGGAGCUGGGGACUACCAUCACCAAGUCUGGGGCCAGCUAUGCUUAUAUUCUAGAAGCUUUUGGGGGCUUCAUUGCCUUCAUCCGCCUUUGGGCCUCCUUGCUAAUUGUUGAGCCCACCAGUCAGGCCAUCAUUGCCAUCACCUUCGCCAACUACAUCAUCCAGCCCUCGUUCCCCACCUGUGAUCCCCCGUACCUGGCCUGCCGUCUCCUCGCUGCUGCUUGCAUAUGUCUGCUGACAUUUGUCAACUGUGCCUAUGUCAAGUGGGGCACACGUGUGCAGGACACGUUCACUUAUGCCAAGGUCUUAGCGCUCAUUGCCAUCAUUGUCAUGGGCCUCGUUAAACUGUGCCAGGGACACUCUGAGCACUUUCAGGAUGCCUUUGAGGGUUCCUCCUGGGACAUGGGAGACCUCUCUCUCGCCCUCUACUCUGCCCUCUUCUCUUACUCAGGUUGGGACACCCUUAAUUUUGUAACAGAAGAAAUCAAAAACCCAGAAAGAAAUUUGCCCCUGGCCAUUGGGAUUUCUAUGCCAAUUGUGACGCUCAUCUACAUCCUGACCAAUGUGGCCUAUUACACAGUGCUGAGCAUUUCAGAUGUUCUUGACAGUGAUGCUGUGGCUGUGACAUUUGCUGACCAGACAUUUGGCAUGUUCAGCUGGACCAUUCCUAUUGCCGUUGCCCUGUCCUGCUUUGGGGGCCUCAAUGCGUCUAUCUUUGCUUCAUCAAGGUUGUUCUUCGUGGGCUCCCGUGAGGGCCACCUCCCAGAUGUACUGUCCAUGAUCCACAUUGAGCGUUUUACACCCAUCCCUGCUUUAUUGUUCAAUUGUACCAUGACACUCAUCUACCUCACUGUGGAAGAUGUUUUCCUGCUCAUCAACUACUUCAGCUUUAGCUACUGGUUCUUCGUGGGCCUGUCUGUUGCUGGACAGCUCUAUCUUCGCUGGAAGGAGCCUGAGCGGCUCAGGCCUCUCAAGCUGAGCCUGUUUUUUCCCAUCGUGUUCUGCACAUGCUCUGUGUUUCUGGUGAUUGUGCCUCUAUUCAGUGACACCAUCAAUUCCCUCAUUGGCAUCGGGAUUGCCCUCUCCGGGGUUCCUGUCUAUUUCGUGGGUGUUUAUCUGCCAGAGUCCCAGAGGCCACUCCUUAUUCGGAAUGUCCUGGCUGCUAUCACCAAAGUCACCCAGCAGCUUUGCUUUUGUGUCCUGACCGAGCUUGAUGUAGCUGAAGAGAAAAAGGUUGAAAGGAAAACUGACUAGAGGCUAGAGGUGAUGUCCCUUGAGGCCUGGAAGACCAGCCACAGCCACCAAAGUCCAGAUGACAAGACUGUACAGGCCCAACUCUCUUGUUCUAAAGGAUCCUGUGGGCCACAUUAUGUAAGGGGGCUCAGGGCCAAUGGCCUGCUUUGGUGGUCACUCUCAUUGGGAGCAGACUCAGGGUCUGAGGCCAGCCUGAAGGUGGGAACUGUAUAGAAAGUGGUGGUGGGAGGGCUUGGGGUCAGGGGAAUAGUUGUUUAGUUUUGUUUCUGGUGAGUAGGUACAGCUUACCAAACACUUGGCAAGUUGCACUGGGGAAAAGGAAGUGCUAGGUUAAUAGCUGUGGCUGGUGGUUCUGAAUUUGAUAUUUGAGGUUUGAAUCAGAAGUCUCUACAAAAGGGGCUGCUUUAUGGCAAGUUUUCCUCUGACCAGGUCCAAGCAUCUGACUGUAGAGGCCUAAAAUGCUAUCAUUUCUUCCUGUGACUCAAAAUCUUUCCCUGGAAAGACGGCUGUAUUCCAUUAUUUAUUGAUAUUAUUUAAUCCAGAACCCCAGUUCUAGCAAAGCAUUGGUGUUCAUUCAUCUACCGAAUGCCACAGGCUGAUUGUGUUUAAAAAUUCAAAGUUACUCCAAACUGAGUCCCUCUGCCCUUAGAGGUGUCUCUGUGUGGUGGUGGAUCAGACUCAGACCACAGAUUUUUUGGUUUUAGCACAUUCUUCUGUUGAGUCUUAGCUGCAAAGGUGAACUUUAAAGAUUUUUUUAAACUCAUGUAUCAAUUACACGUUAGUCAA